GGAGUCAGACGUCAGGACGAAGCAGUACUGCAGCAGUGGUUGAAAGUGGUAUUCCUCUGAGGCCGAAAUUCGAACUGAUCACCCCCGGGCCCCCAGUAUCGUCACGGUCCGUUUUGAGACUUAUUUCGCGGUCGUCAUUGCUGUUCUGAGCCGCCACCAAUACUGCUCAGACUAUGGACCAGGAAUCUUUCAGGAAACUCUUAGAAAGCAGUCGGACGCCUCGUCCUAGUUCAAAAGGUACACCGACAGCGUCUCGUGGAUCAAUAGCUACGACUACUACCAAGAGCAAGGCAAAGACAGUCGAUGCAUCUGAACCUGCAUUCAAGCCGAGAAAGGUGAAGAAGGGAGGGCAAGGGAAGUAUAGAGAUCGUGCCGUUGAGAGGAGAGAAGGCGUUGGGAAUGAUUUCGCGGAGGUGGAAACUCUGUUAGAGGAUUUCGAGAAGCGGAAUGCGGAUGCUGCCGACCUGGAGGAGAAGCGUCGCUAUCUGGGUGGCGAUGCUGAACACUCAAUUCUCGUGAAAGGUCUUGACUUUGCCCUACUGGAGCAGAACAAAGCUCGUGCAGCAGCAGAGGCUGCGGCCCAAGACGACGAAUCCCUUGAGAAAGCUUUUGAGGAAGCCGCUACAAUACCCAAGAAGCGUACUCGGGAGGACAUCCUCAGAGAGCUGAAGGCCAAGAGGCAGAAAGGAGAGAUCGACGAGGAAGCUGCGAAAACGGAAAAGGCUGAGAAGGAGAAGAAGGAAAGGGAGAGGGAUCUAGCGUUGGAAGAGGCCAAAAAGAAAGGGAAGUUCAAGCCUAUCGGGUUCAAGCCGAUCGGUGAGUCCGCAGGUGCGGAGGGGAAGAAGCAAAAGAAGAAGGUAAAAGAGAAGGAUGAGGGUGAGCGAAAGAAGAAGAAAAGAAAGGUGCAAAGCGCAGACGGGAAGGACACGGAGCCAGGUCUGGAAGCGGCUUCAGGGGCAGCAGAGAGCGCCCAAAUAGCUGAAGCCAGCACGUCUAAGCAGGAAGCACCCAAGCCGGCUCCCCCUCCCCCUCCUGAAUCAGAGCCUCUAGAUGACGAUUUUGACAUAUUCGCCGGGGCGGGCGAAUACGAAGGUCUCAACAUUGGAGAUGACGAUGAAGACGAAGAAGGGGAAGCCGACGCCGGUCCGCCCCCUCCCGAGAGCGAGCCCACACAGGAACCGACCCCGCCGGCAAAGGCGAAUUGGUUUGGUUCUGAAGAGUCGGAACCCCCUGCCUUACCGACAGGACCUCCACCUAUCAUCGAGAAGCUCAAGGCCAAGUCACGGUCGCCGGCGCCACCCGCUGCAGGGAAUGAGGAGGAGGAAGAGCAGCCUACUAAGUUGGCCCCCUUAGCGGGUAGCGCGAUACCGAGUAUCAAGGAGUUCUUGAGGAUGGAGGAGGAGGCGGAAAAGGAGAAGAAGAGGAAAGCGAGAAGGGAUAAGAAGAAAGGGAAGAAGAGCAAAGACGAUGGCGAUAGUGAAUAAUUGGCGUAGUGUAACAACAGCCUUCGUUUCAAGCAAGCCGCAGAGCAUCGUUGCCGACCCGCUCGUCGUGUUUCUUCCAUCUUGCAGUUUUAUGAGUAAUCCGGGAUCUUAUCAUUCCUUCGGAUACUCAUCCUGGAAGGGCGUAAACAUUGAAACGCAAGCCGUGC